UGUAUCUGUCGUCCUGUGGAACAACGGUGUGAGUUCCUCUCGGGAUUCAAACCAUUUCCAUCUCAACGAAGAUCGUGUCAGCUGCUGGAGUUUAUUAAUCAAAAAACUGGACGUAGGAUCAAACACAGAGAAAUAUGUUUUUUAAUUUUCCUGCAGGUUGACUCAUGUUUCCUCAUCCAGAUGUUUUUCUAAAUUCUCAAUGUAGAACAGUUGAAAUGUCCUUUGAUUUAUUGAUCAUGAAACCAGACGGAAAAUAAUGAGACUGUAUUCAGUGAGAAUCAAAGUGAAUUUACUGUUUUUAUCGACUCAUUAACAGAAACCUUCAGACAUGUGACUCUUAUUACAAACAUCCACCGGAUUGUUUCCUAAUCUUUGUAGUUUUUUCCAUCGUCGUUUUUUAUGAAACAUUUCAAGGAGAAAACUUUUGAACAUCUGUUUGAUUUCUUUAAACAAGAACUUUUUCUGGUGAUAAUUUGACGGACGAAGGGUUCGACCUGCUCGUCGCUGAAGGACAUUCUGAGGUUUCACGGUUUCCCCCUGAGUUUCAUUUCUUUAUUUCCCACCUUGGAUUAUUUCAUCGACAGUGAUCAACGUGUCUCAUUCAGUCGUUUGACUCUGGAGACGACUCAUUCGCUUACUAAGCUUCAGGACCUUGUGUAGAAUCUGAAAUCAGCUCUUUGACCUCUUGGGGAUCAUGGGGAUGUCUCAGGGCACCUACACCUUCCUGGCCUGUUUCUCCGGCUUCUGGUUGGUCUGGGCCCUCGUGGUCAUGCUCUGCUGCUUCUGCAGUUUCCUGCAGCGGCGGCUGAAGCUGCGCCGUGACGAGCGUCUCCGGGAGCAGUGUCUCCGAGCUGCAGAGACGGAGCCGCUGAGCUGUCAAGCUGCAGGAUACCGGCCUCCUCCGCCUCCGCCUCCGCAGCCGCCACCGCUGCCGCUGCCCAGGGAGCCGCCGCAGUUCUGUCCUCCUCACGUCCUGUCGCCGCCACUUCCCCUGCCGGUUCCUCAUCCACUGCCACAGGCCACCUGGGUCAGCAUGCCAGACGCAGACUUGCUCGGGAAGCCGCCCUGCUACGAGGUGGCCGUCCUGAUGGAGGAUCCUCCUCCGCCCUACAGCGAGGUGUUGGCCGACCCACGUGGGGGCACCUACCUGAAGCCCGCCCCUCCCCGCGCAGCGCCCCCCCCGGUCAGGGAACACCAGGAUCCGGCCCCCGUGUUCACGCCCGAGACCAGCAAGCUUCCUGUGGCGACUGUGUUCCCCGGUCGAGGCUACUCCUCCCUGAUCCGCCUGCCCUCGUCGCAGCGCUGGGACUCCCUGGGCCACCUCCUGUCCAACAUGGACCUGAACCACAACAACCUCACGCCGCCGGCGGCACGGCCCCUGCAGGACUCCGCCGCUAUGGCCACCAUGCCCCGCCGCGAGCCCCGGACUCAGCAUGACGGACUUGGGAUCAGAGGCGGAAUACAAGGACUUCAAGGGGGGAUCCCGGGAUUCCAAGGAGAGUUCCAGGGGCUUGGGGGGGUCCACAGGCUGAGGGGUCUGGAGUCCAGCUGUGGGCUUCCAACGGCCUUCCCCCUGCUGGGGCGGAGCACGGCGGUUUAGACCUGUUUCCCAGCUGCUACCGAGUCGGUCCAUCUCUGAGGAGCUUCACUCAGGAGAGCUCUAAUGACUUCCUGCCCGCCGGCCUCCAGCCUCCGGCCUCCAGCCUCCGGCCUCCAGCCUCCAGCCUCCAGCCUCCGGCCUCCGGCCUCCGGCCUCCA